AUGCCGUCGAUCCUGAGUGAUGCCGACAAAGAAACUGUCAAGAGAAAUGUCCCGAAGCCGGCGAACAAGAUCCAUGCCGUAGCUGUUGCGCGACUCUAUGUUGCCUACCCGGACCCCCACAAAUGGACAUACACAGGCAUCCAAGGCGCCGCUGUCCUGGCCAAUGACCUGGUCGGGCGCACGUUCUGGCUUAAGAUCGUGGAUAUAUCGCCCUCCGGGAGAGGCGUCAUCUGGGACCAAGAGAUCUACGACAACUUUCCCUACAACCAAGACCGGACCUUCUUUCACACAUUCGAAUUGGAAGACUGCGCUGCUGGCCUGUCGUUCGCCGAUGAGAAGGAAGCUAAGACCUUCAUUAAGAAGGUCCAUGAGCGGGAGAAGAACGCUAGCAAAGAGACGCGCCAAACGCCUUUCGCAUCAACCCGAGGCCAAGGUCCUGCCCCAGUCGCGAAUGGCAAGCACGGUAUCGGGCGUUCGAUCUUUGGUAGUCUACUAGGUCAUCGUUCUAGUUCAGGCUCAAGUGCACCACCGCCCACUCAACACGCCGAGCUUCCUGCUGCGCCUGCCCUCCCGGUUGCCCCUCCUCCGCCUGCAAGCCCGGCACGCAAGUCGUUGCCUUUCGACACCAAUGACCCGUCAUGGAAGGGUCUGCUAGACGAAUUGCUCCAAAUGGGCAUUACGGAAGACCAGAUUGCGGAGAACUCGGAUUUCAUCAAGGCCUAUAUUGAACAGAAGCAGGCUAAUGGUGGCGAUUCGUCGCCGGCCUCCGAAGAGCAGAAUAGAGGGAAAGCUCCACCCCCACCUCCUCCAUCCGCCCCUCCCACUCCAAAGACUAGUGCCAUCAGCCCACAGAACACUGGGAACAGUGGGGGGAGUCGUCGCGGAGCUCCCCCUCCCCCUCCUCCGUCGCGGCGUGCUCGUACAGACGCGGAAGAGGAACCGGCGAAGCGUGAACCAUCUCCCCGGCGAAACAUCUUCCGAGCGCCCCCUCCCAAUUGCAGAUGCUGGAAAAUACGCCCACACAAAUGCGCCUGCUCCGCCUGGCCGCCCCUCGAGCUGCGUCGGGCGCCCAUCCAGGCCCUCCCCCGCCUCCACGGCCGCCGAAGACACCUAUGGAUGACAGCCCAUCCCGCCACGGAGUUCCUCCACCUUUCACGGGGGAGCGAAAGGUGUCCGCUCCACCGGCGCCACCGAGUCGUAGCCCGUGCUGCUCCUCCUCCACCUCCGCCGCCUCCAGCGACUUCCACGAAAACUGGCCCUCCGCCACCAGGGCCUCCCCCACCUCCGGCACCAGCCAGUUCGGUUCCGCCUCCGCCCCCACCUCCGUCUUCACACAUACCGCCUCCGCCACCUCCACCGUCGAGCACCGGCCCUACUGCGCCUCCCCCCCCUCCUCCUGCACCCGGUGGUGGCGCACCCCCUCCACCGCCCCCUCCUCCUGGAGCUGGCGCUCCUCCUCCCCCACCUCCUCCGGGGGCUGGCGCGCCUCCUCCACCCCCGCCUCCCGGCGGAGCAGCGCCGCCUUUGCCCAAACCUGCUGGCGGUCGGGACGACCUCAUGGCUGCCAUUAGAGCUUCAGGAGGAGCCGGCGCUGGAGGCCUCCGGAAGGUCAGGGAUACCGAGAAGCGAGACCGAAGUGCGGCAAUGGUCCCCGGAGGCGCUAAUGAGUCGUCUGCGCCGACUCCCAGUAGUGGAGGUGGACCCCAGGGCGGUUUGGCCGGCGCUUUGCAGGAUGCGUUGGCAAAGAGAAAGCAGAAAGUUAGCGGAAGUGACGAUGAGAAAGAUGACGACGAUGAUUGGUGA